AUGAGUAGUAAAGCUUUGGGCCAGCACCUCAUUGCAUUGGAUGAUGAAGAUUUGGAAUCAGAUGAUGAUUUAGAAUCUGACGAUGAGGAUGACAGCACGUUGAAGAACACAGUAAAGCAGGCAGUUAAACGACCAGCAACUGGUGCACCCAAAAUAAUGCAGGAGAAGAAAAUGAAAGUGGAAGAUGAUGAUGAGGAAGAGGAUGAUGAUGAAGAAGAAGCGGUGACCGCAGCAAAAAAGCUUCUUGAGAAAACUCCACUCAAGUACCCCUGAACUCCCAAGAGAAAUGGCCAAACACCCACCAAAUCUACACCAGCUAGCAAGCAGCCCAAGACUCCAGAAUCCAGCAGUAAAUCCAAAACACCCAAAAUCCCAAAGGUCCCACUGACCACAGAAGAAAUCAAGACCAAGUUGAAGACAUCUUUGGAAAAAGGUGUUGGUCUGCUCAAACUGAAGUCCAAAUUCAUAAACCUUGUGAAAAAUGGCUUCAAGGUGGAAGACCCAAAGAUCAUUAAAGAACUCUGGGCAUGGCAACAGGCAAUGGAUGGGAAGUAG